AUGGAUGUGCUGUCUCUCAUCUUCAACCGCAAAUUCACGUAUGAAGAGAAGGUUAAGCAAAGCACUACUGCAGAAAAUGACUUUGCAAGACUCAAGAAGGAGGAAGUUCAGCUGGACAGUCUCCCUGGAGAUCUGGACGUGUUGGUGAAAAUGGACAACAGCAGAAGUUUAGACAUGGACAACAUUAUUGCCAUCAUCAGGAAGGAGUAUGAAGAAAUUGUCCACAGGAGCAAAAAGGAGGCUGAUGCCUUUUACCAAAAUAAGGUGAGCAAUGUCCAACAAAGUGUCAGGGAGCAUGGUGAUGACCUGCAUAAUACAAAAGGAGAAAUUUCAGAGCUCGGUCAGAUGAUUCAAAGGAUACAGGCAGAAACUGAAAAUGCCAGGAACCAGUGCACCAAUCUGCAGACAGCCAUUGCAGAUUCUGAGGAUCGGAGUGAAUUGGCUCUCAAAGAUGCCAGAGCCAAGCUCACUGACCUGGAGGAUGCCCUGCAAAAAGCUAAAGGAGAAAUGACCUGCCUAUUGCAUGAGUACCAGGAGCUCAUGAACAUCAAGCUGGCACUGGAUAUUGAGAUUGCCACCUAUAGGAAUCUGCUGGAAGAAGAGGAGAACAGAUGA